AUGUCCGAAUACAAGAACUUCGCUGUCGCUGGCGCUGGCAAUCUCGGCCGAUUUAUCAUCGAAGAGCUGCUCAAGCUGCAGGCUACCGGAAAGGUUGCCUCAGUCUCCGUCCUGACCCGGAGCAGCGACAGUGAUGCUCACGCCGACCUUGCUAAACAAGGCGCCAAGUUCGUCACAGUCGAUUACACCUCGGCCUCGACGCUCUCUUCCGCCCUUUCCGGUGUGGACGUCGUCAUUUCAACCGUGGGCGGCGCCGCGCUCGGUGAGCAGCAGACUGCUCUUGCGCAGGCUGCGAAGGAGUCUGGCGUGAAGCUCUUCGUCCCCUCGGAGUUCGGCAACCCUACAGACGGCAUCACUUCGGGCGUCCUGGGCGUGAAGAAUGCACUUCACCGCAAGUUGGAGGAGAUCAAGCUUCCGUACGCCCUCUUCUACACGGGACCGUUUGGGGAUUGGAUCUUGUCUCCGUUCUUCGGUUGGGAUUUCGCUAAUGGUAAAGUGAACAUCCUGGGAGAGGGCAACUCCAAGAUCUCCUUUACGACCCGAAGAGAUAUCGCCAGAUUUGUCGCGUACGUGACGACGCAUCUAUCCCCCGAACAGCUGCACUGGAAGACUUUCCGCAUCGAGGGAGACCGGAAGACGUUGAACGAGCUGGCAGACCUGUACCAGUCCAGAACCGGGAAGAAGCUGGAAGUGACACACAAAUCCCGCGCCGACUUGCAAGCUGCUGUGAAAGCGAAUCCUCAGGAUUUCAUCUCGUGGUUAUCGCUGGAGUGGGACGAAGGGCGCGGUAUCGUGGGGAAGGAUGACGAGCUGAACAAUAACCUAUUCCCUGACUUCAAUCCGACGGCAGUCAUCGACGCAGUUCUCUCGCCUGAGCAGAAAUAG